GGCGUCAGGUCCAGGUACCUGUCAAAACACAUACACGAUUUAUAUUUUUCGAUAAUUUUUUUGGUUUAUUUAUUCUUAAAAACGUUACAAACGAAAUAUUGUUUUCCAAAAUGCCACAGUGUUGUGCAGUGCCUAUGUGUGCAAAUAAAAAAGGAGGACAUAAGUUCCCUACAAAAGAUAAAAGCCGAUUAAAACAGUGGCUUGUAGCCAUUCGAAGAGAUAAAUUUACUCCAACGAAAAAUAGCCUCGUUUGCAAAAGCCACUUCACAGAGGACGAUUACCAGCUACCGAAGGACUCAGUAUUAGAAAAACCCAGACCUGUGUUGAAAAAAUGUGCAGUGCCAAGUCGAUUCCCAUGGAAUGAAGAAAAUUCUAGCUUGCAUCAAAAAAAGAAGGAGCGACAUCAAAGGCGUUCGGCGCGAAAUAAAAGGAAAAUUAGUGUCCAAGUACACAUAAACAAUGAAAAAGAGAAGGAUGACACCUUCCUCAUGGAAACUACAAACUUUUGCGAAGUAGAAAUUGAAUUCGAGAAGAAACAGAAAGAUAUUGGUAUCCAAUGUGAUUUAUAUGGAAGUGAUAAUCUCAAAACAUUUAAAGAAUGUCCUCCAAAUGAAAACAAAAAAAAAAAAUCUUCAAUUGCAAAUGUGCUGGAUAUAACCAAUGCGGCCGAAGUACAGUUUUAUACUGGUUUCCAAGAUUAUGAACAUAUCAAAUUCAUAUUUAGUAUUUUUGGAGAUGAAGUAAAUUGUUUAAAAUACUAUCCUCAACUGAAAACAUUGAAGGUGCCGUUUCUAAACCCUUGUGAUCAAUUCCUUCUAGUGUUAAUUAAAUUACGCCGGAACAUGCUAUUUACAGAACUCGCCUUUCGAUCGAAGAUUGAUAAAACGGUACUAAGUAACAUUUUUAUAACAUGGAUCAAUUACUUAUAUUGUAAAUUGAAAGAGUUAAAUGUUUGGGUGCCAAAACAAUGCCUAGAUAAAAAUAUGAAAUACUAUGGCAAGAUUAAUCCAUGCACUGUGAUAGUAGAUUGCACGGAAAUAAAAAUAGAGAAGCCCAAAAAUCCACUUACACAACAACUUACAUAUUCCACUUACAAAUCAGCAAAUACUCUAAAAGUUUUAGUUGGGAUUUCAGCAUCAGGCUGCGUUACAUUUGUGUCCGAUGCAUAUGGUGGAUCUACGAGUGAUCGUGAAUUGUUUGAAAAAUGUGGACUUAUUGAUAAACUUGAACCUAAUGAUAUCAUUCUUAGUGACCGUGGCUUUAAUGUGCAAGACCUAGUGUGCGAUAAAGAUGUUACAGUUAAUGUGCCAGAAUUUUUAAAAAAUACUGAUGGACAAUUUGAGACUUCUCAACUGACAAGGUCAAAAAAAAUAUCUUCAGAAAGGAUACACGUUGAAAGGGUCAUUGGUUUGGCUAAAACUUUUAAGAUCUUAAGCGGCAAGUUGGAUUCAAAAUUGGUGCCUUUAGCAGAUAGAAUAAUAUUUGUAUGUUUUAUGUUAACCAAUUUCAAAAAUAAUAUUAUAAAGUAAAACAUGUUUUUUUCAAUUUUAUUUUAUUUGAUGUCGCUUUUACCAGUACUGUAUUAAACAUACUUUGUUAAAUAAUAAAUAACAAAAAUACAAAAUUAAA